UUUGAGACAACCUCUGCGGCGGCGGCGCGCGGCUCGGGGACGCCAGGCUGGGGCAGCUCAGGCCUGGUCCAGGCCUCUUCCCUGCUCCCGCCACCGCCGAGCCUGCGGCCCGGGUCCGCCCGCAGCCAGGGCUCAGGCUAGCUGCCUUCCCUGGGCACCCUGCCCUGGAGCCAUGGGGCCCACCUAGCCCCUGCCUGCCCGGAUGUCCCAGCCCGGGGGCUGCUGACCUCGGCUGCAGGGAGAGCCCCCCCCAGACCUCCUUGCCAGCCUCAGCAGCCAGAGACCCUGGGUGAGCCCCUGGGCCAGACCUCCAGCCCAGGGCAGCCUUCCACAUCUCUCUACCCCUGCCUCCCUGCACCUCCCCCGCCCCUUCCUCCUCCUCCUAGGACUGGACCAGAGAGGCCACUGUGGCCACUGGGAGGGGCCCUGCCCCCCCAGCUCUCACCGGUCACCCCCAAGAGUCCUCGGGGAGGCCGGGGUCCCCCUCAGGCCUGGCGGGACCAGGAUGUUGCCCCUGCUCCUCCCCCCCGGCCCCACCCAACGCCCCCUCCCACCUUAACAUCCAGUCUGACUGGAGACAGCCGGAUGCCGGCUGACCCUGGGCCCGAGGCGGGCAGUGGCUGGCCGGGCCUCCUCAUGUCCUGCCUGAAGGGCCCCCAUGUCAUCCUCAAGAUGGAGGCCAUGAAGAUUGUCCACCCUGAGAAGUUCCCUGAGCUGCAGGCGGCCGCCCCCUGCUUUCCACCUGCACCCCGGCCCACCCCAGCUCUGGCACCCAAGCGCGCCUGGCCCUCAGACACGGAGAUCAUCGUCAACCAGGCAUGUGGAGGGGACAUGCCUGCCUUGGAAGGGGUGCCCCGCACCCCACCCCUGCCACGGAGGCCCCGCAAGGGCAGUGCAGAGCUGGGCUUCCCCCGUGUGGCGCCAGUGGACGAGGUCAUCGUGAAUCAGUAUGUGAUGCGGCCUAGUCCCCCUGCCUCAGGGUCCCCUGCAGUGGCAUCCCCCGCUGCGGGUGAGCCCCUGGAGUGCCCCACCUGUGGGCACACGUACAACGUCACCCAGCGGCGGCCCCGCGUGCUGUCCUGCCUGCACUCUGUGUGUGAGCAGUGCCUGCAAAUCCUCUACGAGUCCUGCCCCAAGUACAAGUUCAUCUCCUGCCCCACCUGCCGCCGCGAGACUGUGCUCUUCACUGACUACGGCCUGGCCGCGCUGGCCGUCAACACAUCCAUCCUAAGCCGCCUGCCGCCCGAGGCACUGACCGCCCCGUCCGGUGGUCAGUGGGGGGGCGAGCCCGAGGGCAGCUGCUACCAGACCUUCCGGCAGUACUGUGGGGCCGCGUGCACCUGCCACGUGCGGAACCCGCUGUCAGCCUGCUCCAUCAUGUAGUGCCCACCCGCCGUCCCCGCCGGCCCUCGCGCUGCUGCUUCAGGGACCCGGCCCUGCCCUGUCCCCCUCUCGCCCCUCACCCGUCACAGCUUCUGGCCCCCACCCGUGUGGCACUGUCGCUGCAACCAACUUUGCCAUUAAAACUCUGCCAAAGUUU